AGGGCUGGAUGGCCUCAUCGAGGAAGCCCACGGUGUGGGCCUGGUGGGAGGGUCCCUCCCGGCAGAACACACAGAGGAACUCGGCAUCAUUCUCACAGAAGAAGUAGAUCUUCUCACCGUGCUCCUCGCAAGUACAUUCCAACCCCUUUGGAAGCCUCUGGCAGGCUGGUUGGGGCAUCACUGGUGAAGUUACUUGUGCCAUGUUCCCCACCCCCCAGGGCACUGCGCCCUUAUCUGGGUCUCCACACUCCCCUGGAUUGGCUGAUACCUCCAAUCUCCCUGGAGCCAGCUGGUCAUAUUGCAGGGAGGCUGGGGUGGCAGCACUGCACUGGGACCCAGUCUCCCUCCUGCUCCCCAAAGAACAGCCCCUUUCAACUGUGGAUGGUUAAGAUACGACCACUUUCCUUCUACUGCGAGUGUCUCUGGAUGGACGGGAAGGAGCAGCGACCCCCAGCCAAGCAGAGAGGGUGACCUUGAAGAGGCCACGAGCGCAGCAGCACCAUGGCCUCGGCUGCCUCAGUGACCAGCCUGGCCGAUGAGGUCAACUGCCCCAUCUGCCAAGGGACCCUGAGGGAGCCGGUCACCAUCGACUGUGGCCACAAUUUCUGCCACUGCUGCCUCACCCGCUACCUUGAGAUCCCCGGCCCGGACCCCGAGGAGCCCCCCAGCUGCCCACUCUGCAAGGGGCCUUUCCGCCCAGGGAGCUUCCGGCCCAACUGGCAGCUGGCCAGCGUGGUGGAGAACAUCAAGCGUCUGGAGCUGGCGUCCAGGCUGGGCUCAGAGGAGGAGGACGUCUGCCAGGAGCACGGGGAGAAAAUCUACUUCUUCUGCGAGGAUGAUGAGAUGCAGCUGUGUGUGGUGUGCCGCGAGGCCCCGGAGCAUCGCGCCCACACCGUGCGCUUCCUGGAGGACGCAGCGGGGCCCUACAGGGAACAAAUACAGAAAUGUCUCGAGUGUCUAAGAAGAGAGAGAGAGGAGAUUCAAGGAAUCCAAUCAAGAGAAAAUCAAAGGACACAAGUCCUCCUGACUCAGGUGGCCACCAAGAAACAAAAGGUGAUAUCUGAGUUUGCACAUCUGAGCCAGUUCCUGGAAGAACAGCGGAACAUCCUCUUAGCCCAGUUGGAGAGUCUGGAUAGAGACAUCUUGAAGCAACAGGAUGAGUUUGAUGUCCUGGUCACUAGGGAAAUCUGCCGGUUUAGCACCCUGAUUGCAGAACUGGAGGAGAAGAACGAGAGGCCGGCAAGGGAGCUCCUGACGCAUAUCAGAAGCACUCUAAUAAGAUGUGAAACCAGAAGGUGCCGGAAACCAGAGGCUAUACCCCCUGAGCUGGGCCAGAGGAUUCGGGACUUCUCCCAGCAGGCCCUGCCGCUGCAGAGGGAGAUGAAGAUAUUUCUGGAAAAAUUCUGCUUUGAGUUGGACUAUGAGCCAGCUCACAUCUCCCUAGACCCCCAGACUUCCCACCCCAAGCUCCUCCUGUCUGAGGACCACCAGCAGGCUCGGUUCUCCUACAAAUGGCAGAACUCUCCAGGAAACCCCCAGCGCUUUGACCAGGCCACCUGUGUCCUGGCCCAUGAUGGCUUCACAGGGGGGAGACACACGUGGGUGGUGAGUGUAGACUUGGCUCACGGGGGCAGCUGCACACUGGGUGUGGUUAGUAAGGACAUCCGGCGGAAGGGGGAGCUUCGGCUGCGGCCAGAGGAGGGGGUGUGGGCCCUGAGGCUGACAUGGGGCUUCAUCUCGGCCCUGAGCUCCUUCCCUACACGCCUGGCUCUGGAGGAACAGCCCCGGCAGGUGAGGGUGUCUAUUGACUAUGAGGUGGGCUGGGUAAUCUUUGUCAAUGCUGUCACUCGAGAGCCCAUCUACACCUUCACUGCCUCCUUCACCCAGAAGGUCUAUCCCUUCUUUGGGCUCUGGGGCCGAGGGUCCAGUUUCUCCCUGAGCUCCUGAAAGGGUCAGCUACUCUCCCCAAAACACAAGACUCAGAGAAAGGGCCUAAGGACUUGACCCUGACUGGGUCACCUGGGAGAUUUGGAACAGUAAUUACACUUUAGGUGAUGUGAUAGAGUCGGGACUUUGGCAAGGGACAAGGUGGGAUGACCUUCAAUCUGCUGAUCAAACCCUUUCCACAAUGCCCAGUGGAUGGGACUCAGACCACUGCCCGGCCUCCCCACCACCAUCCCCACCUGGCGCGGAAGCAGCUGUGUAGAGGAAGGAAUACUAGAUUUGGAGCUGGAAGACUUGGGGUCUAGACCCAGCCUUGUAAUCAACUAAUUGUAUGAUCUUAAACUAGGCCUCUCAUCUCUCUUCAUCUUGUUUUCUCCCCCAAAUAUUAGGGUUCAUUUACUCAUAUCCUUAAGAAACAUUUAUUGUGUGCUAAUUAUGAACCAAGCAGUAUGGUAGCCAUUUGUGAAAUGAAAAAAACAAAACAAAACAAAAAAUGUCCUGAAUGAGAAGGAGCUCAUGAGAAAAGGCAGAGACAUAGGAGGUAAGGACAGCACAGUGUGAUGGGUGCUGUGACAGGGGUGUUAGGGAAGCUCAGAGGAGGCAGGAGUUCAGUCAGGAAAAGAUGAGUCUGAAAAAUGAGUGUGGUAAAUGAUUCAAGGAGUGGAAGAAGCAUCUUAGGAAGAAGGGACCACAGAGAACUGGCUGGAUGAUCUGUAUGAGACACAGGGUCACAUUCAUUGUCCUCAUGAGCAGAUGCGCUGCCACCCCCACCCCUGACACCACUCAAUGCCUCCCUUGUCCUAGUGGUGUCACUUCCGGCUGAGAUGAAAGUGCGGGGCCUUGGUGGGGAGGGGACAGGGGAGGCAUGGCCAUAAGCCACAGCCCAAGGACCUCACUCAACCCCCAGGGAAAAUCUUCUUCCUGAUCUGUUGCUCACCACCUGAGGUUGACAAAUGAGGUGAAAGGAAUGAGAUGGUGGGAAGGAAUGAGUCCCAGAUAGCCCAGUUCGGAGCACAGAAAUAGCACUAUCGUAAGCUUUGGGCUGGGUGAUAGACAGCCGGGUGGAGGCAGGGGGUGAAUUGGGUGAGCUGUGACUUUCAGCCCAAAGCAUUGGGGCUGCUCUAGGCCUGGACAAGAAGUGCCAUCUGAGGGUCGGGGCAAGAGAAGGGGGACAAUUAAGGAUUUGUAGAAGGUGUGUGGGUUUGGGGCAGAGAGCUGGAGGAGAGCAGGUGGUACUGGCAGAAGCUGUACCCAUGGGUGGCACGAAGAAACUGAGCACCCCUGCCUGGUGCUCGAAAUCCCCCUGCCUGGUGCUGAUGCUGGGACAGGAACAAGCACUGACACAUGGCUGCCUAGAAUUUGUAAAAUUUGUAAAAUGAUUUCCAUUGUCCCAAGGAAUUAUAAACCCUAUGCAAAAUA